UAAAAAAAGAAGAAGGAAAAAAAGAGCGGGGCUCGGCUGGGAGAGGUUGAGCGCGGGGCUGACCGGCAUCGGCGGCGAUGGAAGAACUUACGGCGUUCGUCUCUAAGUCUUUUGACCAGAAAGUGAAGGAGAAGAAGGAGGCGAUCACGUACCGAGAGGUGCUGGAGAGCGGGCCGCUGCGCGGGACCAAGGAGCCGACGGGCUGCGCCGAGCCGGGCCGCGACGACCGCAGCAGCCCGGCAGUCCGGGCGGCCGGCGGAGGCGGCGGCGGAGGAGGAGGCGGAGGCGGAGGCGGAGGAGGCGGAGGAGGUGCAGGAGGAGGAGGAGCAGGCGGAGGAGCUGGAGGAGGGCGCUCUCCCGUCCGGGAGCUGGACAUGGGCGCCGCUGAGAGAAGCAGGGAACCGGGCAGCCCGCGGCUCACCGAGGUGUCCCCAGAGCUGAAGGAUCGCAAAGAGGAUGCAAAAGGGAUGGAGGACGAAGGCCAGACCAAAAUCAAGCAGAGGCGAAGUCGGACCAAUUUCACUUUGGAACAACUCAACGAACUGGAGAGGCUUUUUGAUGAGACCCACUACCCGGACGCUUUCAUGCGCGAGGAACUGAGCCAACGGCUGGGGCUGUCCGAAGCCCGAGUGCAGGUUUGGUUUCAAAAUCGAAGAGCAAAAUGUAGAAAACAAGAAAAUCAACUCCAUAAAGGUGUUCUCAUAGGGGCUGCCAGCCAGUUUGAAGCUUGUAGAGUUGCGCCCUAUGUCAAUGUAGGUGCUUUAAGGAUGCCAUUUCAGCAGGAUAGUCAUUGCAACGUGACGCCCUUGUCCUUUCAGGUUCAGGCGCAGCUGCAGCUGGACAGCGCCGUGGCGCACGCGCACCACCACCUGCACCCGCACCUGGCCGCGCACGCGCCCUAUAUGAUGUUCCCGGCGCCGCCCUUCGGACUGCCGCUAGCCACGCUGGCCGCGGACUCAGCCUCCGCCGCCUCUGUGGUGGCUGCCGCCGCCGCAGCCAAGACCACCAGCAAGAACUCCAGCAUCGCCGAUCUCAGACUGAAAGCCAAAAAGCACGCUGCCGCCCUGGGUCUGUGACGCCAACGCCAGCACCAACGUCGCGCUUCCAGCGCGGCACGCACCCUGCAAAUCCUCCGUGCCCCGCUGCUUUUCCGUUUAACCCCUCCGGACCUCCGGAACCGACCCUAUUUCCGCCCCGCUGACCGGCCUUUGCCGCCUUCCACAUCCCGGACUCGGAGGGCGAGACUCCGCGCGGGACCUUGAAUCCCACUAGGCGCACCAGCUCUGUGGCUCCUGACCAUUCACCUACCCAAGGGCGUAGAAUUCGGCUUCAUAGGGGCAAGUUUUCGGGAAGUCUGGAGAGAGACUGAACAACGGAGCGCUGGGACAGCGGAGUGUGGCUCACGGCAAAGCUGCAACGAUGGACUCGCGUAGAAAUAAAAAUCCUGUUAAUAAAAAAUGAGCAAAAAAAAAAAAAAAAAA